AUGAACACCUCUCCGGAACUGAACCGCGUCUAUGAGCGAGCUUGGGGCCGUCAAUGGCCUCGCCACGACGAUGCAAUCCUCAAGACCGACAUCGGUCUCCCUCCUGACACCGAAUGCACCGAUGCGGACGGUGUGGCUAUCGACAUCCCCGACCUCUGGUACUACACUUGCCUCGAUGACAUCGAACCCAUCUCUAUUGCACUUGGUAUAACGACAGAAAUCAUGGAUUUUCUGCUUCUUCGCUCUGAAUACGGCUUUCUGCGGGAGUUCAUCGAGAAGAGUACUGGAAAGACACGCGCCUUCGUGGUCACGGGACAGUCAGGGAUCGGCAAAACUGUGUUCCUCAUAUACCUUCUUCUGUAUCGCCUUGAGCACAACCUUCCGACUGCGGUCCAAUUCGACGGCCAUUGUUACUUCGUCUUCGAUGGCGAGGGCGCCUCGCGGCAUCCUCUCGGCGGUCCAGUCGAUCCCCGACUCAGCUCGUGUUGGGCGUUGGCUGACAGCAAUGCCUAUGUUGUCCAGCCAUGUGAAGAUUUUGCAAGCCGGGCCAAGGUUGUCAUCCAGGCUUCAUCACCGAAACCCAAGAGAUGGUUGAAGCAAAAGAGGGGUGAGCGUAUCUACGCAGAGCUGCCGACGGUGCUAGAGAUCGCUGCGAUUUUGAAUGAGAUCCACCACGUCUCAUCUUCCGCAUUUCCGCUCGUGACUAAGUGGGGACCAUCCACUAGGACGAUCAUCGACAUCGCGAGUGCCAUCGUCCAGGGUCCCGAGGAAGCCCAAGAUAUGGAAAGGAAUCUGCAGGCUGAGGCAGACCAGGCAGCCCACAAAAUAUGCUCUGAUCCGUCGCUCGUUGGUCUGCACUUAGUCGGCGACGGUAUACCAGACAGUUUCGGUUCCACCAUCGGCUUCGUUCGCCCUCACCGUAGAAUCACCCCGAGCGGCAAAAUCGCCGCUUCAUCUCGAGCAAUCUGGUCUAUCCCGACGACGUUCCUCGACGAAAUAUUUACGCAACAUUGCACCAACUUCUCCAACGAGAAAUCCCGUGAGCUCUUCAUCGCCCUCAGUUCCCACUCCCUGACUCGGACCGCCGCCGGCUGGAAGUAUGAAAAGGACGUUCAUCGUCGCCUCAGCACAGCUGGCGCACCACCUCUCACCAUCUUCAACCACGAUCGAAAUAUGCAGAUGCGCCCAUCAGCCGAGCUCGUUCCUGGCACAGUGGACGGUCUGAAGCACACUGGUGCCUCCAAAGCGUUUUACUGGAUGUCGUCUGUGAUGAUUUGGGAAGGAAUCGACGGUAUUCUCGGCGAUACCGACAAUAACCUCUACGCCGUGCAGGCGACAAUCGCGUCGGAAUACAGCAAUCCCGUGAAGGGACUUAAGCAGGCGUGGCUUGCCGUCGACUCGAGCGCUCGAGCGAGCCGUCAUUGGCAUUUGGUCGUCGUCGGAGCUGACGUAGGAAUGGUUGAUGGGCUCGUGAAGCAAUAUUCAGGCCAGUUGGAGGGCUUCAAGCUCGGCUGCGAUCAAGGACGUGUGCAGGUGUGGGGUUGUGUCCUGGAAGAACUGUUCCAACCAUGA